AUAAGUUAAUGUUUAUUCGCGUUUUAAAAAAUAGCACUGUUCUCUAGCAGCGCCAUGAUGAUGCUGCGAUCAGUAAAUGAAUUAUUAUAGAGCCAAACAGAGCCAAAAUUCACGGUGUAUGUAUCAGGAGCACAAGAAAUCAACAGAGUAGAUUGCUCACUGUUGCUUCGGGAAAAUACUACUCGUGUAUUCUAAACUCCUAAUACAAAUGUCAAAUUUUCUGAAAUUUUACCUUGCUUUCCCGAGCUUUCGCCUCGUACACUUGUAAAUAAUAAUAAAAUUUUCAGGUUAUAUUAUUGUGUAUACACAAAAAUCUAAUAAUUUUUGAAUUAUUUUUUGUUAAACAAUUCGUUACAUAAUUAAUUAUAAAUAAUUUAAUAAUUAAUAAAAAAAAAUACAUGAAAAUGAGGAUUUUAGAAUUGUACAGUGGAAUUGGAGGCAUGCAUUAUGCCCUGAAAGAAAGUGGAGUACCUGGUGAAAUAAUAGCAGCAAUUGAAAUAAACACAAUAGCAAAUUCAGUUUAUAAACAUAAUCAUCCAUCAACAAAUGUGCUGAAUAAAAAUAUUGAGGCACUUAAUUUAGAUGAUAUAAAAGAAUUAAAUAUUGAUACAAUAUUGAUGAGUCCACCUUGUCAGCCAUUCACCAGGGUUGGUCUACAAAAGGACAAAGCUGAUGCUCGAACAAAUUCCUUAUUUCAAGUAUUAGAAAUAAUUAAAAAUUUAUCAAAUUUAAAUUACAUUAUUCUUGAAAAUGUUGUAGGUUUUGAAAAAUCAGAAACAAGAGAUUUCGUUAUCAAGGCUAUCAAUGAUUCAUUCAAUUACAAAGAAUUAAUUUUAAGUCCUUGUCAAUUUGGUGUACCAAAUAGUAGACGACGUUAUUAUUUGUUGGCUAAAAGAAAAGGUCUUAAAUUUAUAUUUAAUGAUUCAUCACUUGUUGACAAUAUUCCCCAACAAAUACAAGAAAUAUUGCCUAGAAAAUUUACAAAUGACAUGACGUUAAAAGACUUCAUUUCACUUGAUGAUUUGUCUGAUGAAAAUAUGUAUCUGAUACCUGAAAAUACUUUAGAAAAAAGAUUCAAUGUGUUGGACAUACGAAGCCCAGACUCUAAGGGUUCGUGUUGCUUUACCAAAGCUUAUCCAACAUAUGCUGAAGGUACUGGCUCUGUGUACUCACCAUUAUCAAGUGACACUGUUAAAAAAAUCACCAAAGAUCUAAAAAUUCACAAUGAUAAAUCAAAUGACAACAUGGAGCUGAUAAAAACACUUAAAUUGAGAUAUUUUUCACCAAAACAAGUCUCGCAAUUAAUGUGUUUUCCUGAUGACUUUACUUUUCCCAAUGAUAUCACAAAGAAACAAAAAUACAGGCUACUUGGUAAUUCAAUUAAUGUACAUGUUGUUAGUCAAUUAAUUUAUCUUCUUAAUCAACAAUAGAA